AUAUAUGAAUCAUGUUAGAAUGUAGGUGUGACAAUGAAUACCACAAAACAUAAAAUAUGUAUGGUAUCCGACUUUUUUUAUCCUAACAUGGGUGGUGUGGAGGAGCACAUUUUUAAUUUAUCUCAAUGUUUACUUGAACGUGGACAUAAAGUUGUAGUGCUUACUCAUUCUUACGGUGAUAGAAUUGGUGUACGUUAUAUGACAAAUGGCUUGAAAGUAUAUUACAUACCAGUAAAGGUCUUCUAUAAUCAAUGUGUUCUUCCAACGAUGAUUUGUUCCAUUCCUCUUAUUAGAUAUAUUUUUCUAAGGGAGGAAAUUCAAAUAAUACAUGGUCAUUCUGCAUUCUCUGCUCUUGCUCAUGAAGGAAUGUUAAUUGGUCGGUUAAUGGGAUUGAAAACUAUUUUUACAGAUCAUUCACUUUUUGGUUUUGCGGAUGCGUCCGCAAUUUUAACAAAUAAAUUUCUAGAGAUAUCAUUAGCUGAUUGCAAUCAUUGUAUAUGUGUAUCACAUACUGGGAAAGAGAAUACAGUAUUAAGGGCAAAAGUUGUAAAAGAGAAAGUUUCUGUUAUUCCAAAUGCAGUAGAUACCACAUUAUUUAUGCCUGAUGUCAGUAAACGAAAUGAUAAUUUUAUUACAAUAGUGAUAGUAUCGCGACUAGUAUAUCGCAAAGGUGUCGACUUAUUAGCUCGUAUUAUACCCGAUAUUUGUAGUCGGUACGAGAAUGUGCAAUUUUUAAUCGCUGGAGAUGGUCCUAAAAGAUGGCUCAUAGAGGAAGUACGAGAAAGAAAUUUGUUGCAACAUAGAGUUACAUUACUUGGAAGUUUGGAACAUUCUCAAAUUAGGCAUGUCUUGAACAAAGGACAUAUAUUCCUGAAUACAAGUCUGACAGAAGCAUACUGUAUGGCAAUCGUUGAAGCUGCAGCGUGCGGUUUACAAGUUGUUUCAACAAAAGUUGGUGGUAUACCUGAAGUAUUGCCACCUGAUUUAAUUUAUUUAGUGGAACCUACAGUACCUGCUCUUAUUGAAGGGUUGGAAUCUGCUAUAAUAGAUUACAAAGAAGGAAAUAUUAUAUGUCCUCUUAAGAUGCAUAAAAGAAUAAGCUUAUUUUAUAAUUGGUUUAAUAUCACCAAAAGAACUGAAGUAGUCUAUGAUGUAGUGAAACAAGAAAAUAGGAAGAAUUUAGGUGAACAAUUAGCAAGUUAUGUUCAAAGUGGAGUAUUAGCAUACUUGCUUGUUGUAUCCUUGUGCUAUAUUAUUUUACAAGUUUUAGAAAUUCUUGUACCAAGAAAGUACAUUGAUAUCGCGAAAGAUUACACGGAGAUACAUCCUCAAGGAGAAGGAAAAGAAGAUUAGUGAUUAGAUGUCCGAGAAACAGAAUGUGAUUCAAGUAUUUUAUCGCAAUGGUAUACAUUUUAUAUACCAAUACAUUCCUACCAAAUAUGAAGAUUGUUAAUAAUAUUACUUUUAAUGUGCCU